AUGGCGAACGGUCGGCCGCUCUCGAUGAACAAUGGGCCAUCAUGGGCCCUGAACGACAGUCCGUUUGACGACGAGCAGACGACGGCGGUGCAAGCAUUCGACAGCGGGCUCGAUUUCGAAGAGACGGAUCAGUUCAACCCCAAUGGCCUGGGUCAUGGCGGUCACACUCGCACAUACUCGUUCGCUGGACCAAAGUCGCCGAUACGCACACCCGUGAAGCCUUCGUUCAAGGGCCACCUCCGCCAGGGCUCUGGCUACGCGCUCUCGCCAGUCUCGGCCGCCUUUCCUGGACACAUUCUCGAGCACACGCCUGAAUCCACACAGCCCCGCGGCCACAGCCAUAGCCAGAGUACGCAUAGCACCCACAGCACGUAUAGCGCACACAGCGCACAUGGCCAUUCUCACACCAUAUCCCACGACCACAGCCACGACCAUUCGCACGGCCACUCGCAUGGCCAUUCACACAACCACUCGAACGGCCAUGCGCAUGGCCACAGUCAUGACCACGCACCGCUCGAUGCAAUGGUCUCUCAAGGGAAAGGCCCAUCCUUGUCCCUAGCCGAAGUCUUGACUGGCAUCCUCAUACCGCUACCGUACCUCCUCGCAUCCGCCGCGUACUCGACCCCCAGCACCAAUUUCCCUCCGCUCUCUGCCUAUGCGCGCCUGCAGCAGUCCGUACCAGACGGCAAGAACAUUGAAGACUACCACAAUGCACACCACGCAUCGAGUCUGCUACAAGCAUGUACUUUGACGUCUGGCACGCUGCUCCUCAUUGCCAUACUCGCAAACAUUCGUGCCUCAGAGAGAGGUCUGGACAAGCGAAAAAGCUCAAAUGUCGGCCUAAACCCUCCUGGGCCAUUGACAGCAGAGUCAGUACUCACCAUGGUCACGAGCACGUUGAGAGUUGGUCUGCCAUACUAUGCUGCUAUACAGAUUGGCGGUCUGCGAGUUGGCCUGGUGCUGUUGGUUGCACUUGCCUCGGGGAUAUCCUGCUUUGAGAGGCAUUCCAAGUCCUUCUUUGCAUCUUUCUCCGCUCGGCCCCUGACUCUGGCUACAAUUGGACUUUGUCUUUUGGCUGACGCUUUUGGAUUGACCGUCUAUGCUGAUAUGUACCAUCUCGCGACUGGUUAUACAGCUCUACUCAUGUCUGUCUUCUUACUACACCCGCCUCUGCCAGCAAACGGCUCCUCCACUUCUCCACUCAUCGCUACUCCUUCCGACACUACCACUACCCUUUAUGCAGGCGCUAUCCUCUCCAUUCUCACCAUCGGCGCAUCCAUCGUCUUCUCCAUCGCCCCAUCCGUCACGCCUCUGUCCAUCACCUUUUCUACUCUUUCCAUGGCCAUUGCUGCAGGUCUGGUCCUGUUUGCCCGUCCAGCACAUCUCCGGACCCACAAGAAACUUGGGUUGGCUUUGGGUUGUCUUCUGACUGCCGCUGUCUCUUUCCUCUUCUCUCCCAACACCUGGCCUGGCACUUUUUGUAAUGGCGCCAUCGCCGCUCUAUCCUAUGUCGGCGUCCUUUACGACACUUCGCACUCCCACACACAUUCCCACGAUCAUUCUCAUGCCCACGACACUAGCCACGCCCACGCUCAUGCUUCUGCGCAUACACACUGCAACCAUCAUCAUGGUCAUCAACACCACACUCAUGCUCAAACAUCCAUCUUCACCUCAUUUCUCCUCGCCCGCUGCCGACCGGGCUCUCUCUUCCAUAGCAUCCUUUGCGAACGAGACUCUCGCCGGAUUGCCUAUUUCACCUGCCUCAACUUUGGGUUCAUGCUUGUCCAGGCCUUUUAUGGAUGGGUCAGUGGCUCGCUCGGCCUCUUGAGUGACACGGUCCAUAUGUUCUUCGACUGUCUCGCUUUGGUCAUUGGUCUUGGCGCCGCCGUCGCCAGCAAGUGGCCCACCAGUCCGGAGAUGCCUUUUGGCUGGGGCAAAUUGAACGUUCUCGCCGGCUUUGGAAACGGCAUCUUCCUCAUGCUGGUCAGUGUGGAAUUCAUCUGGGAAGCUGUCGAGGGCAUCAUGGAGGGCACUGAGUUACGCCAUGUAGAGGAGUUGCUGGUGGUCAGCACCCUCGGCUUUUUGGUUAACAUGGUGGGAUUGUUUGCUUUUGGACAUGCUCACCAUGGCCACGAUCAUGAACACGAUCAUUCGCAUGGCCAUGGCAAUGAGAACAUGCAUGGCAUCUACCUGCACGUUGCUGCCGAUGCCGGUGGCUCGCUUGCCGUGAUCCUCAGCACCAUACUCACGCUCUGGAAGCCUUGGUACUUGUGGGACCCUUUGGCCACCAUCGUCAUCGCCAUUCUCAUUUUCCUUGCUGCGGUGCCGUUGGUGCGCGACUCUGGGCAGAAACUGCUGCUGGUCAUUCCUGAUGAUCUGGAGUAUGGGCUCAAGACUGCAUUGCAGGAACUCAGUGGCCUUAGAGGGGUGACCGGGUAUGCGGUGCCGAGGUUCUGGGUCGAGGACGAUGCGGGUGAGGGACAUGAUCAUGACNNCACGACCACGAUCACAGCCAUGCACACGACCAUGAACACCAUCAUCACGGGCACGAUCACCAUGGUCACGACCAUCACGAGCACGAACACGAAAAGAAGAAAAAAGAUCAUAGGUGUCAUACACGUAUUCGCUGCUCGCGCGGCAGACACAGAAGACGUGAGGCAAAGAGUAGAGCAAUACUUUGUGCAACUGAACAUGCAUGUCGUAGUUCAGGUAGAAAGAGAAGGAGAAGGACGAUGUUGGUGUGGUGGUGGCGUCAAAACUGGAUAG